AUGAAGAAUCAAAUCAAGAAAUUAAGACAGCAGGGUAAGAAUCCAGUAUUCUGUCAAGAAGUAACGAAUGAUGAAUUUGAUGAAAUCUUAGCAUUGCUCAAGGACAAUUAUCAACAAAAUUUGAAUGAAGCCGAGAUUUUAGACCUCUUGGCAACCUUAGCUAAUAUAAUAUUAAUUAAUAGGAAGCUCCAUUAUGAGCAUUUCACUCCAAAUUGCUCCAAAGAGCUAUUCAAAGUUAUAAUCAAUUUAAUAGAUGAUUCAACUCGCAAGCAGGAGUCAAAAAGAGCUGAAAGUAAAGAAUUCAACUUUGUAGCUGCGUACAGGUUAGUCUUUUUGAUAUUGUAUGAUAGCAAGGAAAUCAAUGAGCAGUAUCUUAAACACUCAAAUGAAGUGCUAAAAAGGGCAUUUACAUUUUACAGUAAAAAUUUCGAGCAGUACAAUAAGGAUACAAGUUAUCAAUUGAGCUUUAAUGAACUCUUGAAAUCAUUGUAUACUCUUUAUCACCAGCAUGCUGAUCUAGAUAAAUUAGUUGGCACGGCUGAAUGCAUUCAAGUUGCUAAUCGUGUGUUGAACUUCCAAAGGAUAGGAGCUGUCGGUAAAGAAUUGAAGAAACGAUUCACAGAUCUUGAGAUGAUGCUCAUGAAGAGUAUACUUAAUUUCAAUUUAAUACUUCUUGGGGAAUACAAACUUGAUGAUGGUGAUGAUGAUUAUGACGUUGGCCUAAUUCAUUCCCCACGACUUAGUGUAGAUGAAUUAAAGGAAUGCAGCCUUACGUUCACAAAUCUAGCGUACUUUUUAGAAUUUGCAUUGGAGCUGUAUGAUACCCAAAAUGAAAGCAAACAUACUAGCAAAAAGAGCAAUUCUGCCAUAGUGUUGGCUGAUUUAUUGGCAGUGUUGGCAAUUUUCCGUGUGGACUACAAGAGGAUUACUUCGUCAAUAAAUCAAUUAAACGAGGAUGGAAAGGAUGAGCAAGAUUCCUCAUUCACGAAGUCAGUUUUGGAACUUAAGCAACGAUAUUGGGAAUACUUCAUUCCCAGUGAAAAGCACAAUAAGUUAUAUAAUCAAUUAUUCCAGUUAACUCUACUUUCACAUCCAACAGUUUCUUUGAAUACAUCUGAAAUAACGCAUGCAGCACAUAUCAGAUCAUUGAUUUACGAUUUGUAUUUUGAACUUUGCAAAUCCAAUGAUCUACAAGGUGAUAAAAUUGAUAGUGACGGGCAACUUGAAUUGUUCUUACAAUUAUUUGGGUAUAGCCAUUCUAUCCCAUUCUUUCUAAAUUCUAACAGAAAAUCGCCUAGCGAGGAAAUGAAGCAAAGAUAUAUGAACCCUUCAAGCCAAUUUCUUCGAGAUUGUCCAACAUUAUCAACGUCAGGUAAAAAUUUACAGUCGCUGGAGAUCAUAGAUUCGCUAUUCAAUAGACAGUUCAGUUCUAUGUCUACAAGUGAACGGGAAAGACCAGAAAAGUUGGAAGAGCCCAUGACUCCGGAAGAAAAGGAGAGAGAGGCAGAAAAGUUAUUCACGCUACUUGGUAGAGUGGAAAAAGACCCUCUCUUUGAAGGAUUUGUAAAUCCAGUAAGAGAAUGGCAACAAUCAGGAAAGUUUGAAGAUAUCGAAUAA